AUGGAAACUUGUCACAUGCGCCGCGCCGCUGCGGUGAAUUUCUCGAGAGGACACCGGAUAAAUGGAAGGACCAAAAAGCUUCCUACAGCGGGGUCGACAAAACGAUGCGGUAAACGUGAAUCAGAUCAGAAUUCGUGUGCCCCACGCCCUAAGCUCGUCUCUCUGCGGUGUUGCCUGCUCGAAGUCGUGGAACUCGUCUCCGCUGCCUUCGGCCGUGCGGCGCAUCGUGAGGUCGCCGAAAUCAUCCCUGCUUCGCUUCUUCCUCUUCCCAAUUCCCCCUUCAUCCUGGCUUCAGAGUUCAGAUUCUUUCUCACUGUGUGGUUUGAUCUAUCUUCUCGUGGCUUCAGUUCUUCCUUCCUCGUGUCGCCAAAUCGUCUCUUCUGGGAUGAGAACAAAAUUUUGAGAGUUGGGGAAGAACUCUGGAGAGAGAGUCUGCCUUUAAAUGGUGGCUCUCGCCUUUAUGAACUAGGAGAUCUGAAGCCCCAAACAUGGUAUGAAGUGAAGAUAUCAUAUCCUGCUUCUAUACCUGCCGGCUUUUCCAUACAACUGGAUAAAGAUAUGGUGCGGAACAAUAACAGAAGAUUGCUCAACACUGAAAAGCUAAUUUUUAAGACCGAGAGCAAUCUGGAUAAAACGCGAGUGUUGGUAACUGUGGAGCCAGAGGGGUUUGUCGCGAUGCCGCAUGUACCUGAUAGGCCAUCCAUUAUCUUCAAUAUAGUUUGUGAUGAGCUAUUAUUGGGCAUGCCCCACCAAGCUUGGUGGGUCGUGGUACUGGCGAUACUGUGUCUCGGAAUUGCAUUCUUUAUUCCUUCUUUCCAUCCACCAUGUCUGUUGCCAGAGAAUCAAAACUUUGGGUCCACCGAUGGCAUUUCAAAAACUUCUUGACGAGCCGAAGAAGCGACCCCUGGAUUCUUCACUUCCAAUGCAGUGAUGCGCCCUCUUAUGACAUUAAAAAAUGUGACAUUUAGAUUUAACCCGUCGGCAAUCGAUGAAAUCGUUCCAAGUCUUUAUAUGUCGCUUUACGAUGCAUAUUAUUGGAUGUAAUUAAACAAUUUGUUUUCUCACCUUCAUUUGAUUUCCUUGCGAUUAUGUUCGGACAAGCUGUUAUCAUGUGAUAAUUUUAUGAUAUCAGGUUCGCAUCAA